AUUGAAUAUGAAACAAGUCCAAAUUCUCCCGCAUUGUAUUGGCUGACACCUGAUCAAACUUCCGACGGUACACAUCCCCUCUUAAUAUCUAACAGUAAGCUUACAUAUGCCAGAGCUAUAUUUCCCUGCCAGGAUACACCAUCACAAAAAUCUGUAUUCCAUGCUGAAAUUUCUGUGCCAAUGGGUUUUAACGCUAUGAUGGCUGGACAUAGCAACAUAAUGCAUUAUGAUGGAGACCGACUAAUAUAUAAAUUUAAUUCCGAUACAAGAAUACCUUCAUAUGCGGUGUUUAUUAUAAUAGGUUCACUAGCACAGGUGACAAUAAGCAUGGAUUGUGGUACAUGCACCUUGUUGGCUGAAAGAAAAUAUAUUCAGCAAAGUAUAAUGGCGUUUGAUAGAAAUAUAAUUAAUUACGUGCUGCUCAUCGUCAACAAUAUCAUCAACAAAUAUUCCUUACAUAUACUUAAUGUAUGUGUGCUUCCACCAAAUAUACCGGAAUUCGAUAUGCAAUGUCCUUUCGUGACAUUCAUGUCGGCAACUUUACUGGGUGGAAAUUAUUCUUUGAAAAAUACAAUUGUUCAAAACAUCGUUGAGAGCUGGAUAGGAGGACUAGUUACGAUUGCAAAUUUUGAACAUUUGUGGUUGAUUAAAAGUUUUAGUGCAUUCAUUUAUAGGAAGAUUAUAAAUAAUAUUGUGGAUAUAGAAAUGCAAGAACUUCUAGACGUGAAAGGCAUUAACGACUUAGUAAAUGUGAUAAAUUUACACGGUCACGUCGCUUUAGUACCCGAUUUGACGGAUGUUUUACCUAAUAAUAUCAUCAAGUACGUACCGUACGAAAAAGGACGUUUGCUUUUGAAUUAUUUAGAACUUUUCUUAUGUGGACCCGAAGCUUUCCAAACAUUUCUUCUAUCUUAUUUACGAUAUUGCGAUAGUACAUCUUCAUAUCUCAGUAUCAGGACAGCUGACUUUAAGGAAUAUCUGUAUUGUUGCUUUUGUCGUAGUGGUCGUAGAGUCCAGGUGUUCUACUCUGAUGUAGAUUGGGAUGAGUGGUUUUAUGGACUAGGAUUACCACCUAUUUAUUUGGGCCCUGUAAGAAGAACUGCUUGUCACCUUAAAGCGGAACAGUGGAUCACAGAACAAAGAAUAGAAGAGGUGUUUUCUACGGUUAGUCAAUUAAGCGUUACCAAUGAUCUUAAUAAAAUAGAAUUUUUAGCCUACUUGCAUGCAUCGCCUAUGGUUCUGUCGAGGUACAAGUUACAUAUACUACGAUAUGCGGUUCUGCAUGACCAGCAUAUUUGUGAAAUACGGUUCCUUUGGCUACGUUUGUGCAUCAAAUGUAAAUGGUUAGAAAUGGCUAGACCCGCUUUAGAGUUUGCCUGCGAAUACUGCAUGCCAAAGUAUGCCUGCCCAAUAUUCCGCGAUUUGUACGAGUGGACAGUAACGCGUUACUUGGCGAUUUCAUGGUUUAAGGGAAAAUAUUUAAAAAUGGUUCCUGAAACUAUAAAAGCAUUGGAAUCUAUUCUUGGAGUUAAAUUGGAUGAUACAAACUGAUUACAAU